AUGGUGGUGGCUGUGGCGGUGGUGGCAAUGGUUGCCGCGGUGGUUGUGGUGGUGGUUGUGGAUGGUGGUGUUGGUGAUGGUGGGGGUGGUGGUGGUGAUAGUGGUCGUGGUUUGGUUGGUGGUGGCCGUGGUGGUGGUAGUAGUGGUGGUUGUGGCCUUGUUGUGGUCGUUGCUGUGGUGGUAGUGGUUGUGCUGAUUGUGGUGAUGGUGGUGGUUGUCUGGGCGGUUAUAGUGGUGGUCAUGGUAGAGGUGUCCAUCGUGGUGGUGGUGGUGGUGUUGGCUGGUGGUGGUGGUGGUUGUUGUGGUGGUGCUGGCCAUGACGGUGGUUGUGGUAGCCAUGGUGGUGGUGGUGGUGGCCAUGGAGGGUGUGGUGGUGUGGUUGGUAAUGGUGGUGGUGGUGGUAAUGACGGUGUUGGUGGUGGUGGCAGUGAUUGUGUUGGUCGUUGUGGUAGUGGUGGUGGUGACCGUGGGGGUGAUUGUGGUAGUUCUGGUGACGGUGGUGAUGGUGGUGCUUGUGGUAGUGGUGGUGGUGACCGUGGUGUUGAUUUUGGGAGUGGUAGUGGUGGUGGUCGUGGUUAUGGUUAUGGUGGUCAUGGUUGUGGUGCUGGCCUUGUUGGUGGAGGUGCUAUUGUUGGCCGUAGUGGGAGUAGGGGUAGUGGUGGUUGUUAUGGCUGUGGUGUUGGUGAUGGUGGGGGUGGUGGUUGUGGGGGUGGUGGUAGUGGCGGUGGUGGUGGUGGUAAGGGUGAUUGUGUUGGUGGUUAUGGUAGUGGUGGUGGUGACCGUGGUGUUGAUUUUGGGAGUGGUAGUGGUGGUGGUUGUGGUGCUGUUGUUGGCCGUAGUGGGGGUAGGGGUAGUGGUGGUUGUUAUGGCUGUGGUGUUGGUGAUGGUGGGGGUGGUGGUUGUGGGGGUGGUGGUGAUAGUGGUCGUGGUGUGGUAGGGGUGGGGAUGAUUGUUUCGGGUGGUGGCUGUGGUGGUUGUGGUGGUGGUGGUGAUGAUGGUGGUCAGGGUGGCGGUUGUAGUGGUGGUCAUGGUGGUGGUGGGGUGGGAAUGAUUGUUCAGGGUGGUGGCCGUGGUGGUUGUGGUGGUGGAGGUGAUGGUAGUGGUCAAGGUGGCAGUUGUGGUGGUGGUCAUGGUGGUGGUGGGGUGGGGAUGAUUAUUCAGGGUGGUGGCCGUGGUGGUUGUGGUGGUGGUGGUGAUGGUGGUGGUCAAGGUGGCGGUUGUGGUGGUGGUCAUGGUGGUGGUGGUUGGGUCCGUCGCAAUGGUUGUGGUGGUGGUGGUGGUUGCGGUGGUUGUGAUGGUUGUGGUGGUGUUGGUGAUAGUGGUCGUGGUGUGGUAGGGGUGGGGAUGAUUGUUCAAGGUGGUGGUCGUGGUGGUUGUGGGGAUUGUAAUAGUGGUGGUAGUGGUGCUCGUGAUUGUCGUGGUAGUGGUGGUAGUGGUCCUGAUGGUGGUAGUUGUGGCGGUGGCAGUGCUUGUGGUGGUGGUGGUUGUAGUGAUGGUAGCCGACAUGGGGUCGUGGAGGUGCUCGUGCUGGUGGCCGUUGGGUUGGUGGCUGUGGUGGUGGCAGUGGUGCUGUUGGUGCUGGUGGAUGUGCUGUGGUGGUGUUGUAAUGGUGGCGACCGUGGUGUUGAUUUUGGGAGUGGUAGUGGUGGUGGUCGUGGUUGUGGUUGUGGUGGUCAUGGUUGUGCUGGUGGCCUUGUUGGUGGAGGUGCCGUUGUUGGCUGUAGUGGGGGUAGGGGUGGUGGUGGUGGUGGUUAUGGCUGUGGUGUUGGUGAUGGUGCGGGUGGUGGUUGUGGGGGUGGUGGUGAUAGUGGUCGUGGUGUGGUAGGGGUGGGGAUGAUUGUUCCGGGUGGUGGCCGUGGUGGUUGUGGUGGUGGUGGUGAUGAUGGUGGUCAAGGUGGCGGUUGUGGUGGUGGUCAUGGGGUGGGGAUGAUAGUUCAGGGUGGUGGCCGUGGUGGUUGUGGUGGUGGUGGUGAUGGUGGUGGUCAAGGUGGCGGUUGUGGUGGUGGUCACGGUGGUGGUGGUGGGGUCCAUCGCGAUGGUGGUGGUGGUGCGGGUGGUGGCCGUGGUGGUUGUGGUGAUGGUGGUGGUCAAGGUGGCGGUUAUGGUGGUGGUCAUGGUGGUGGUGGUUGUGUCCAUCGCGAUGGUGGUGGUGGUGCGUUUUGGUAUGCUGGUGGUUAUGGUGGUGUUGAUGGUGGCGGUGGUGGUGGUUGUGGAGGUGCUGAUGGUGGUUGUGAUAUUUGUGCUUAUUAUGGUCGUGGUGGUUAUUAUGGUGGUGGUGGCGGAUAUUGUGAUGGUGGGGUUCAUGAUCGUAGAGGUGGUGGUGUUCGUGGGUGUGGUGGUGGUUGCUACCAUGGGGCUGGCCGUGGUGGUGUUGGUUGUGGAUGUGGUUGUGUUGGUUGUUGUCGUGGUUGUCACGGUUGUGGUGGUGGUAGUGGUGGUCGUGGUGGUGGCUGUGGUGGUUGA